AUGGUGAGAGAAAGAAGGGAGAGAAGAGAUGAUAGCGGGCGUUACAAGGGAGUGAGGAUGAGAAAGUGGGGAAAAUGGGUAGCAGAAAUAAGACAACCAAACAGCAGAAAUAGAAUAUGGUUAGGUUCAUAUGAUACUGCACAGGAAGCAGCAAGAGCCUAUGAUGCUGCUGUUUUAUGUUUACGUGGGCCUUCGGCAACUUUUAAUUUUCCAACGAAUGUACCGGAAAUUCCUGCAAGGACAGAGGGGUUGACUCCCGUGCAGAUUAGGGAGGUUGCUUUUAGGCAUGCAAGAAGAGGGAAUAUGGUGGAUCCUGCAGAGAGGAUUGUGGAAACUGCCUUGUUUGAAGGGCAGUCAAGGAUGAGUGCAGAGGGGUAUUUUGGUGGUCGAGGGAAUGGGGUAGAAAGUUUGGAGGGAAUUUUGAGUGGGGCAUAUUAUCAAACACCUGGUGUGUGGACAUCGAUGACAGUUCUCGAGUUUAAUGAACCUAGAGAGUAG